AUGAAUUCCACAGUGGUAAACUCGACAUUAAAGAUUAUCAAUGACACCAUAAACGAGCUAAACAUGGAAGAAAUAACAAUUUGGGAAGCAACAUCACUUGGGUUCAUGAUGCGUGUUAUUUAUGUUUUGUCAAUCCUUGUGAUGUUCCUGGGUAUCAUCUGGAUCUAUGAAUGGGUCCAAUCCACAAAGGCAUCGGAGCAAUCCAUUACUCCAACAAUUCCAUUUGAAGAAGACGAACUUACGGUUUAUAAUGGGGACCAUGGAGAAAAAUUCUAUUGUGGGUACAAAAAUCGAUCAAUGAAUACACUCCGAGAGAUCCUGGAGAUGGUUUACGAGACAAGACUCAGAGAUUAUGGCGAGUUUUUGCAAGAUGCCAGGAUUAUUUCAAUUAAAAUGCCUGGAUUUGAAAACGGGGUCAAAUGCCAUGAAUUUGUUCUGAAGAAUGGAACAAUGUCUUCUGGGAGUGGUUUCACUUAUCAAAUGUAUGGAGAUAAUGCAAUUCAAGUCACAAGAUUAUAUGAAAACGGAGUGGGUUAUAUCGCUGGAUUUUGUAUUUAUAUUCGAAUGGAAUACGAGUGGGGAAUCAGAUUCCGAAAGGCGUUUAUCAGAGAGAUUCUGGAAUCUAGAAGGUAUGGAAGACCAGUUAGAUCUAGAAGAUAUUUGAAACAACGAUCACUUCGGGAUGCUCCCGAAACUGAAAAUCUCCUUUCUUGUUCAAUUCCAACCCAUAAAUGGAAAGUUUCUUAUUGUGAAAAACGAGGGCGGGAUGUGAUGAGUGCUAUGGAUUCUGGACUUGUGAUACAUCAGGAAUGGGAUACGAUGGAAGAGCAAAUGGAGACUCGGUCAUGUAUGGAAUGUUCCAGAGCACACAAUGCACCACCACCCUCCUACUCUUCGAUUAUCAUUGUUUGA